AUUUCACUUCUCCCCCACCCACCCGCACUGCAUAACAUCAUCCUCAUCUCUCUCUCUCUCUCUCUCUCGCUCUCUCUAACAGAAAAACCCUAGACCCUCCCCGGACCCAUUUUCCGGCGAAAACUAGCUACCAAACCCUAAAUUCUCCCCCUCAUUCCGACCCCAAAGCCCGCCGAUCCGAUCCAAUUCCUUCCCCGGCGGCUUCUCCGCCGGAAAACUCCGAUUCCUGUAGACAAACACUACAAAUUAUACAAAUAAACAUACAUAUUUCUUAAUAUAUAUAUAUAUAGAGAGAGAGGGAGAGAGAGAGAUGUACAAGAACCAGCUUCAAGAGCUGGCGCAGCGGAGCUGCUUCAACCUACCCUCGUACAGCUGCAUACGGGAAGGUCCAGACCACGCGCCUCGGUUCAAAGCCAGCGUCAACUUCAAUGGGGAGACCUUCGAGAGCCCCAAUUACUGCUCCACCCUCCGCCAGGCCGAGCACGCCGCCGCCGAGGUCGCCCUCAACUCUCUUUCCCACCGUGGCCCCUCUCACUCCCUCGCCGCCCGAAUCCUCGCGUUUCAGUGCUAUCAAUUCAAUUUCUGUUCUGGAGUUGAAUGCCAUUUACCAUGGCUACAGGAUGAGACAGGUGUUUACAAGAACCUCCUACAGGAGAUUGCACAGAGAGUUGGCGCCCCAUUGCCCCAAUACAUGACUUUCAGAUCAGGGCUUGGACACCAACCCAUCUUCACAGGGAUGGUAGAACUGGCUGGAAUUACAUUCACUGGGGAACAUGCCAAGAACAAAAAACAAGCUGAGAAGAAUGCAGCCAUGGCAGCUUGGACAUCUCUAAGACAAUUGUCACAACAAGAUGCAACUUCGUCAUCUGAAACAGAGAACAAUGAUGAGCUAGAACAAAUUAAAAUUGCACGAGCAUUAUUGAACUUCCGUUUGAAGGAAAAGAUGGGCAUGACCUACUCCUUCGAUACUCCAAUACCAUUUGAAAAGAAAUUUCAAAUUCAAAACCCAAGACCGUCAAGUCCACAGCCUCGCCCAAUGACCACCUCUAAAAUCCUUCCCUUAAUUUGCCAAAAGUCAACCCCUCGAAUUAGACCCACACCUAUGACGACAAAUGACAGUUCCUCACAGCUUCAAUCACCAUCACUGUUUACGGCACUCGAAGGCCGUGUAAUCCGCCCUCAAAGGUUUCCUGCAGCAGGGGCCGCUCCUUAUGUUCCCAUCCGGCAUUGCAGGACACCUUACCAGGGGAUUGCUCCGCCAGUUACAGUAAGAUCCGUGGUGCCUGUUUUCUCUGCACCACCACUUCCACCACCUUCGGUGAUGCCACCACAACCUGCACGAAUUGCCCCUUCUGUCUGUAUUAGGCAGGCUGUGCCAGUUUUUGCUGCUCCUCCUGUUCAAAAAGAACCGCCAAUGGUUGUGGCUCUUGCUCCACCAUCACCAGCUCAGGCAGAUGAAACCAGGAACAAGAGUGGUGAUGAUCGCCUUCAAGGCCCUGAGGCAGUAAAGCUCUUGGAACAGCUCAAAAUCUGAUGAUUGGUGGGGAAGGAUUUAAAUCUGUUAGAACCAAUAUAUGUAUGGUUUUGUUUUGAUUGUGUUUGUUUUGUCAUCAUUUUCUUACCUGUUUGUAUUAGCGAGUGUUCUUUCAUCCCUUUGUUUAUUAACAUAUCCUAGUUUUGUCUUCCUUUCUUUUCUUUUCUUUUUCCUGAAGCUACCGUCAUUGCAGGUUAAUUUAGUACCUAGCAAUAUGAAUCUUUGAAGUUCUCGAGUAGAUAUUACCAUUCUACUCCAAUUGAUGAUAGCU